CUCACCUUCAACCCUCACGCACGCCUCCUUUACCCUCCGCCGCCCAGUCCAACCUACCACCAAAUAAAAUGCUGGGAGAAACGCUGCCGUCGGUCUUGGCCUCCGUGUACGGCUGGUUCACGCCAACCGUCCUCUUCGUCCUCCUCAACGUCGUCAUCGGCAGCAUCGCCAUCGCCUCCAAGUCCUACCACCACCACCACCAGCGAGGCACCGCGGCGGACGACGAUGGCGGAGCUUAUCCUGGUCGUUUCCUUACCCGCUCCCUCUCACGCUCCUCCUCUGUUGUUCUCGACCGCCUUCGCUCCUUCAACCUCCACCACUACCGCUUCGGCGAGAUCCCCCCUCCCUUCGAGUCCACGCCCGCCCCCGCGGCUGAGAUCGUGGACGAGGCCCCCCACCCCGCGCCCCAGGCGGAGGGCGAGCACCAGCACGGCGAACAUUUAGGCCGGAGCCAGUCGGACACGCAACCAACGGCGGGGGAGAUGCCGCCGAAGCUGGCGGUGCGGAUGAAGAAGUCGGCCAGCGAGAAGUCUGCCUUCUCGCACUUCGAGGAGGCGGUGGCGUCAGCGACGGAGACCGUGGAUCCAGCCGUAGGAGACGGCGGCGAGGAGGUGGACGCGCGGGCGGACGACUUCAUCAAUCGGUUCCGGCAUCAGCUGAAGCUGCAGCGCUUAGCGUCCAUCAUGAGGUACAAGGAGAUGCUCAACCGUGGAUCUUAGAAAACAAAAAGUGAAAGGUUUUCUUAGCUAUUGUCUUAGAAAUAACAUGAUUGCAUUAGGGAUGUGUUAUCGUGUACAAGUACUGUAUUUCUUCUUCUUCAGCUUCUAUCUAGCGAGGUGAGGGUGUGUGUUUUUUGGCAUCUUUAUUAGUUUGUGUUGUUUCUUUCGGGACAUCUCUUUGGAUGCGAUAUAUUCUGUAGCAAUGUGAUGGACGCAUGCCCCAAUUUUAUAUGUAGACGUUCAUCGAUCAAGUAUAUGACGACGUCUUUUUAAGAUCAAGCAGAUGUCGUUGUCAA